UUUAAGAUCAGAUCAAAAUGCUCCACAUUGUACUUGGCAUACCUGUCCCAGAAGUACUGCGGCACUGGGUUGUGGUGGAUGAAUACGCUGAUCGCGAUUCUCGUUAUCUCGACCAACGACUUGGAGUAGCACGCCUCUCCCCGGAGCUUUGCACAUCUGACGGUUUUAAAUCGUAUGCAAAAGACGAACAGGUCCACGGCUAUCUCGCCAGCCAAUUUGAAACGAAGUGUGCAGUUGCUCCCGUGACAACUAGAGCAGAAAGGGAUUGAAGCAGAUUCGCUCUAGACGAAUGGCAAAGGUCAAGUGGGUCCCAAAACAUUUUGCCUUCGGCUGAGGGCUAUAUGCACAUCACCAGAGCUGUCAACGAAAAGGCUGAUGGGCAGACCAUGCAAUACAAGCUCGUCGACCAUGUCAGAAAAUUCUUAGAGAGGGACGAGAAGGAGAGGAUGAACGACAAGCUGACAAACUUCUUGCACUCGUACACGAUGCGGCGAAUAGCGACUGGUUAUCAGGCGAGGCUAUCAACAGAAAUGCGUUAUCUCACUUUAAGCGACCCUAUUGUGCGCAAUUUUGGACCGACCAGACCGCCUGAGCAGCCUGUCAGGCAUAUGAACCUCGCCGCUCCUGCACCAGUACCGCGGCCUGUUGAUUCCUCGGCGCCCGAAAUUUGCAUCCAAAAGGGAAAGCACUCAAGUGAUGUGCGCAGAGUCUGCAAGAGUUGCAGUCUCCAAUCAUGCGGUGCUUUGAAAGCAGUACAUUGCGUGCUUCACCCCUCAAAACUUGAGUCGUGCUGAGCGCUCCGUAAAGUUAGGAAAGCUGAAGCCAGACAUCUUGAGAUUAUGGAAUUGCUGGCGUGUAUUGCAGUAUGAACGCAAGAGGAAUUCAGGAUUGACAUUGCCUUCAGCUUGCACCACGAAUUGUAUAACACUGUUUGACA